AAAAAACUACGAUAAAAACUCAUCACUGAAAAUGUCUGCUUCAUCACCUGCAAAGUUAUUUACUUCACUCAAGUUGGGAGGAAAGGACGGCUUGUCUUUGGACCAUCGUAUUGUUAUGGCCCCACUUACUAGAACAAGAGCUGUUGCUGGAGAAUGUGAACAUACUGAUGUUGGUGCUAUCUAUUACAAUCAACGUGCUUCAAAGGGUGGUUUAAUCAUUGCUGAAGCUUCACAAAUUACACCACAAGGACAAGGUUAUCCAUUCACACCAGGUUGUUAUUCCGAAGCUCAAGUUAAGGCCUGGAAGAAGAUUACUGAUGCUGUCCAUCAAAAGGGAGGUAUCAUCUUUUUGCAAUUAUGGCACGUAGGUAGAGUCAGAUAUGCUGAUUCUGUUUCAUCAUCUGAUAUUGCCAUGACUGAUCUUCCAUGUUUCAACUUGAAGACCUUUGAACAAGUUACUGCUGAACCACCAAAGAGUUUAUCAGUUGAAGAAAUCAAGACCAUUGUUGAACAAUAUGGUGCUGCUGCUAAGAAUGCUAUUGAAGCUGGAUUUGAUGGUGUUGAAAUUCACGGAGCUAAUGGAUACUUGAUUGACCAAUUCAUUCAAGAUGGAGUCAAUAAGAGAACUGAUGAAUAUGGUGGUUCUAUUGAAAAUAGAUUGAGAUUUAUGCGUGAAGUUGUUGAAUCAGUUUUGAAGGCUGUCAAUGGUGAAUCUAAUCGUGUUGGUAUCAGAAUUAGUCCAUCUGGUGCUCUUCACCAAAUGAGCGAUUCUACACCAACUGAAACUUUCUCUGAAGUUGCCAAGACUCUUGACAAGUAUGAUUUGGCCUUCUUGCACGUUGUUGAACCACGUACUUCAUUAAUGUAUUCCAAGAGCACUGAAGAAGUUGAACAAACUGAAACAGUUGCCUGCAAGCAUUUGAGACAAUUCUUCAAGAACCCAAUUAUUGCUGCUGGUGGUUUCAAUAGACAAACUGCUAUUGAAAUGGUGGAACGUGGUGAUGCUGAUUUGGUUGCUUUUGGACGUCACUUUAUUUCCACACCUGAUUUGCCUUACAGAUUGGAAAAGGAUUUACCAUUGAACAAGUACAAUAGAGAAACAUUCUACUAUGCUGGUGGUGAUCUUGCUACUGGUUACACUGACUAUCCAUUCCACCAACAAGAAUAAACUACUUUUCCAAUU